UAGCAGAAGUUCAAUAUUAGGGUUUAACACACACACACCGCAGCUAGACACUGUUUCACAAAAACCACAGCACAACCAGAACCAGCAGCUUCAUUGCUUCACCAAUUCCAAAACCAAAACCAAUCAUGGCCGAAUCCGACGACGACCACCACACCUCACCGGAAAACCAAAUCAACGACAGUUACAAGAAGAAGAAUAAGAAGCUUCGCAAGAGAAAAAGAUCUCGUAAAUUGGAACAAGAACUUGAAAAACAACAAAAGGAGAAGAAUAAUGAAAACACAGAAUCUGAAGAUGAAGAAGAAGAGAAUAACGAUAAAGACGGCAACGACGUAGUCGAAGAAGUAGAAGAGAAGAAAGUUGAAAAUGUUUUGCCUUCUGGAAUUCUGAGUACUGAGUCUUUUUCGUCUCUAGGGUUAUCUGAACGUACUUCUCAGGCUAUUGCUGCUAUGAGUUUUACCCAUAUGACUCAGAUUCAAGCGAAAUCGAUUCCGCCACUAUUGAUGGGAAAGGAUGUUCUUGGUGCUGCUAGGACGGGUUCUGGUAAAACACUUGCAUUUUUAAUUCCAGCUGUGGAAUUGUUGUACAAUGUGCAAUUUACACCUCGUAAUGGAACUGGUGUUAUCGUCAUUUGUCCAACUAGAGAGCUUGCCAUUCAGACACACGCUGUGGCAAGUGAACUAAUGAAAGGUUAUCAUUCGCAAACUCUUGGAAAGGUUAUUGGUGGUGUGGGUAGAAAGGGAGAAGCUGAGCGCAUUGUUAAAGGAGUAAAUCUGUUGAUUGCAACGCCUGGUCGUCUUCUUGACCACCUUCAGAAUACAAAAGGAUUCAUAUAUAAAAACUUGAAGUGUCUCAUGAUUGAUGAAGCAGACAGGAUAUUGGAAUCAAACUUCGAGGAGGAAAUGAAGCAGAUCCUUAAUAUACUUCCAAAGAAAAGGCAAACAGCUUUGUUUUCAGCCACACAAACAAAGAAGGUUGAGGAUCUUGCCCGCUUGUCUUUUCAGACACCUCCUGUCUAUGUUGAUGUAGAUAUUGGGAGAGAAAAGGUCACUGUUGAAGGGUUGGAACAGGGUUAUGUUGUUGUUCCCUGUGCCAAACGUUUUGUUGUUCUGUAUUCAUUCUUGAAGAGAUACCAAUCAAAAAAAGUGAUGGUGUUUUUCUCUUCAUGCAACUCUGUCAAAUUCCAUGCUGAUCUUCUUAAGUUCAUUGGAUUAGACUGUUUAAAUAUUCAUGGAAAACAAAAGCAGAAUUCCCGGACAAGUACCUUCUUCAAUUUUUGCAAAGCAGAAAAAGGGAUAUUGCUCUGUACUGAUGUUGCUGCUCGUGGACUUGACAUACCUGCUGUGGACUGGAUUGUGCAGUUUGAUCCACCUGAUGAACCAAAGGAAUAUAUUCAUAGAGUUGGUAGAACAGCUCGUGGAGAAGGUGGAAAAGGAAAUGCUUUACUUUUCCUGAUUCCUGAAGAAUUGCAAUUUCUUCGCUACUUGAAGGCAGCAAAGGUUCCUGUGAAAGAGUAUGCAUUUGAUGAUAAAAAGCUUUCAAAUGUACAAUCUCAACUGGAGAAGAUGGUGGCCAGCGUUUAUCAUUUGAACACUCUGGCCAAAGAAGCUUAUAGGUCAUAUAUAUUGGCAUAUAAUGCACAUUCUAUGAAGGAAAUAUUCAAUGUUCACCGCCUUGAUUUACAGGCUGUUGCUACUUCAUUCUGUUUUACAAACCCACCGAAGAUAAGUCUGAACAUAGACAGCAGCGCUUCGAAGCAUAGGAAGAAAAUUCAAAAAGUGGAAGGAGGAAGAAGACAUUGAUUAGGCGACAACAAUCCUUAUAGAAAAGAUACACAGACUAUAAGCGGCUACUCAUGAAGCAUUGUUUGCAGGAGACAUGGAUGGGAUUCUCAUCUUCCUCCUACAACCCCCACACCCCCCACCCCAAAGUUUUGGCAUGAAUCCCAUUUUUACAUAGUGAGAUAGAUUUUGCAACUUUGUCAAACAUUAAAUUAAGUUGAUUAGAAGUUUAAGACUGGAAUGUGUUAUGUGCAAUUUUGAACUGUAACAUUGUUCGACCCGAUUAUUUGUUUCUGAUCCUGCAUUUCCAAUGUUAGAUUAUUUGUUAUUGUAAGUUCUAUCACCAACUUUCAAAUGAAGCUUUUGAAAAGCAACACCAAUACUCAGUUCAGCCA